AUGUUCAUCGGCCCGUGGGACCAGGGCGGCCCGUGGAGCGACGAAGGCAUCAACGGCGUAGUGCGCUGGCUAAACCGUCUGUGGAGCGUGGUGGAGCGAGACGCGGACGCACUCGACAACCAGCCAACCGACCCAGCGGCAGUUCGCAACACCCAGCGCGUGUUACACCAGACCAUCCGCAAAUGCUACGAAGACCUCGACCGCUUCAAAUUCAAUACCGCCAUUGCUGCGCUCAUGGAAAUGGUGAAUCACCUGAGCCGAGUCUGGAAUGAACAGUCGAUCGAUGCCGCCACCUGGCGCGAUUGCAUCGACAAAUUCCUGCUCAUGCUGGCUCCAAUCGCCCCGCACCUGGCCGAAGAACUCUGGGAACGGCACGGUCGAGAGUACAGCAUCCACCAGCAGGCGUUUCCCACGUGGGACGACGAGCUUGCCGCUGAAGAAGAGGUUACCCUCGUCGUGCAGGUAAACGGAAAAGUGCGCGACCGCAUCACUGUGGCGGCCAACAUCGCUGAAGACGACGCCCGCACUCUCGCAUUGGGCAGCCCUCGAAUCCAGAGCCACACCGAUGGCAAAGCGGUCAAAAACGUCGUCUAUGUCCCCGGUCGUUUGGUCAACGUCGUGGUGGCCUGA